AUGUCUUAUCGUUUUAGUUAUCAAACUUUGAAUGAUCAGAUUUUACCUGCAACGCCUAAUGCCCGAAGUCUGCUUGGCUUUAAACUCUCAUCAGUGUCCCUUCCUAAGCUGAGAUUCCUGAGAGUUCUUUGCGUUGAAAAUUCAGCACUAAAAGAUUUCUCCAGCUUAAUUGGUGGGUGCAUUCACCUAAGAUUGCUUAGGUUGAGAAAUUGUGAAGGUGUGGCGCUCCCUUCUUCAAUUGGAAAACUCCUUUACUUGCAGACUAUUGAACUAUGGAACAGGCCAUUGGACACACAAGUACCAAACUCUCUCUGGGACAUCCCUACUCUAAGGCAUGUUUACCUUCGCAACGGGUUUUCUCCACCACCACCUGCAAGGAGUGUGCGGCUGCAGACGAAAGAGCUACAGAGCUUUGUGUUGCAUCUUCAUCCUGUUGUCACUGAUUUCCGCUGUCAUGACAUGAUGAUUUUCUUGGGCCAGAUGAAUCAACUAACAACCUUCUCCUUGUCGAUGCACCCCAAUAUACCAGCGGAGGUGCUCAACAUAUUUGCAAACAUGCCUCACCUGGUUGAUAUUAGUCUCCACCAAUUUGAUGUGCUCGAUAAGAUGCCUGCUGAGUUCCCACAAAGCGUACGUCGUCUUGUUCUAGUUGCUCAUGUCAUAAAAGAAGACCCGAUGCCGGUCCUGGAGAAGCUUCCCCGUCUGGUGGUGUUGGAGUUAAGUGGGUACAAAGGCCUGACCAUGUGCUGCUCUUCCCAAGGGUUCCCUCGGCUGCAAAAGUUACGGCUUGGUUCGUUUUCCAUUCAGGAGUGGAGGAUGGAGGAAGGGACAAUGCCAAAGCUCUUCCACCUGACACUUUGGGAUUGCGAGAAGAUGGGAAAGCUCCCCGUGGGGUUGCUGCACCUUCCAUCCCUCGGUCGGCUGGAGCUGAUUUAUAUGCCCCAGAUUUCUGAAGACGACAUCACACUAAAGGAGCUGCAGCAGAAAGGAUGCGAGGUGGAAACUAGGGGGUGA